UUCCGCCGCAAGAUGGCAGCAGUGUGACGUCACGCUCGAUUUACUCCGUCGAAGAAAAAAAGGCGACCCGCGAAGGAAGACAAAGGGCGAAGAAGGACGACGAAUUAUUGAGGUGGAAACGUAAAAAAAAAAAAAAAAAAAAUGUUGAAAGACUUGGUGAAGGUGCGACUAAUGGCGGCGGCUGAUGAAAUAUUCGCGCUGUUUGAAAAAACCAUCGUGUGGUACGAGAUGGAACUUUCUAGAACACGCGAGAAGGAGAGACGUCGACAACAACUGGAAGCUGCCCGACAAACUCAAAUUGUGCCACACACUGAAGACGCCCAGCAGGUAGAAGAGCGCCCCCCUCAGCCGCAGCGGGGUAGCUCCACUUUAGAGGAGGAGGAUCCACAGCCCCCCCACAUUAAACAGGAAGAGGAGGAACCCCGGAUCAUUCAGGAGGGAAAGUGUCCUCUUGGGUCGGAGGAAGCUGAUUUCACCAAGUUGCAACCGACUGGUGUCUCUGUGAAGGCCGCAGACCAACCGCCCGAGUCCUCCCAGCCUCAUCGCAAAGGGGCGGAGCCUCCAAGCAGCAGUUUACUUCAACCAAUGACAACAGAGGCUGAAGGAGACCACCUCUUAGCCCCGCUGUCAGAUAGCGACGACAUAGCGUCUCACUGUCGUGAGGACGAAGACAUGGACACCCAAGAAGCGACCAGAAGCGAUACGGACUCCGAAGACGAUAUCAGGACUCACGCUGACGGCAAACACUUAGAAUCUCCCAAAAAGGGCGCCAAAAAAGGUUUGACUUGCUCAUUUUGUGGUAAAACGUUUCCAUUUAACAGCGUUUUGGAGGAACACCUCCGAGUGCACACCGGAGAAAGACCUUUUAGUUGCUUCGUUUGCGGCAGGACGUUUACACGCAGGUCCACUUUGAAGAGACACAUGAGGACGCACACGGGAGAGAAACCGUUUAGUUGCUUAAUUUGUGAUCAGAGAUUUACCCAAAAACCAGCCUUGGUGUCGCACAUGAGAACGCACGCGGGAGGGAAAACCUCUUAGUUGCUCAUUUUGUGGUCACAGCUUUUGUCGUGGGUACAUAUUGGCACACGGGAGAGAAACCGUUUGCCUGCUCACUUUGUGGCUCCUUUUUUUCCCCCCCAAGAAUACUCACACACAAGCAAACACACACAGGAUGAAAACUGGUUUCCUGUUCACUCGCGGUGUCUCUCACACAUGCGGACACACUAACGACAUGCGGACACACUAACGACAUGCGGACACACUAACGACAUGCGGACACACUAACGACAU